AUGGCAAUCGAGUCUCGGCACCCUUCGCCCACGCCAGCGGGUGCGCAGCCAUUUUCCGACAAAGACGCCAAGCAACACCGUCCAAGAAUGUCGACUGAUAUGAGUGACGGAGAAAAGUCGCAGAGCGACAAUGUACCCGUUGACCCCCAGGGAAGACGACACCCAUCCAUGGCUCCCAGGCCAGAUGGAAAGCGCGAGCUGCGAGAAUGGGAGUGCUGGGAUAAGCUCGCAUACUCGUGGCCAAAGUGGAAAAAGGCAAUGUACCUGGCUUCCAUUGCUGGAAUCCAAAUCUCCAUGAACUUCAACACGUCAGUGUAUCCCAGUGCCGUCAACCCCGUUGCGGAGCACUUUGGAAUUAGCACGCAGGCCGCUCGAGUCGGACAGAUGAUUUAUCUCGUCUUCUACUCGUUUGGAUGCGAGCUGUGGGCACCGUGGAGCGAGGAGUUUGGACGAUGGCCGAUUCUGCAGCUGAGCAUGCUUCUCAUCAAUAUUUGGGAGAUUCCAUGCUCAGUGGCACCGAAUUUUGCUACCAUUAUCGUUUGUAGAGCUUUGGGCGGUCUCUCUACUGCUGGAGGCAGUGUCACACUUGGUCUUAUCGCGGACAUGUAUGAACCAGAAAACCAGCACUGGCCGUUGUGCUUCAUUGUGCUGUCGUCGACUAUCGGAACUAGCAUUGGAGGCGUCAUUGGCGGCCCAAUUGAGCGCUACCUUACAUGGCAAUGGAACUUUUGGAUCCAACUCAUCUUCGGCGUUGCAGUGCAGGCAGUCCACUUCUUCAUGCCCGAAAGCCGAGCCACGAUCCUCAUCGACCGCGAAGCAAAGCGCCGCCGCGAAACAGGCGAAGACGCCAACAUCUACGGCCCCAACGAGCUCAAGAAGCCCCGCAUCUCUCUCAAAGAAGCCGGCAAAAUCUGGCUCCGACCUUUUGAAAUGUUCAUCAGAGAACCCAUCGUGCUCCUUCUUUCCCUCCUCUCCGGCUUCUCCGACGCCCUCAUCUUCACCUUCCUCGAAGCCUUCAACGUCACCUUCCCCAACAACUUUGGCUUCGGCACCCUCCAGGUAGCCUGGGCAUUCAUCCCCAUCAACGCCUCCUACUUCUUCACCUACUUCCUCUACUGGCCCUGGUUCUGGCGCGACGACCAUCUCCGCAAGAAAAACGGCCCGGACUGGAUGACUCCCGAGCGCCGUCUCAAGCCACUGCUGCUACUCGCCCUCUUCGAACCCAUCGGCCUCUUUGGCUUCGCCUGGACUUGCAUGGGCCCGCCCCAAACCCACUGGAUCGCCCCAAUGAUCUUCUCCUUCCUCGUCGGCCUCGCAAACUUUGCAAUCUACUACUCCUCGGUCGACUACAUGAUUGCCGCUUACGGCCCUUAUUCUGCCUCUGCUACUGGCGGCAACGCAUUUGCGCGCGACUUCCUCGCUGGUAUCUCGGCAAUGUAUGCAACACCGCUGUAUCAUAACCUGGCGGAUUCGUCGCCGCAGAAAUCGCAGUAUGCGACUACGCUACUGGCGUGCCUGUCGUGCUUGAUUGUCGUGCCCAUUUACGUCUUCUACUGGAAGGGACCGCAGAUUCGCAAGGCGAGUAAGUUUGCGUCCAUUUUGGCAGAGGAUAGAAAGGCCGAGGGGGUGAGGAGGUUGAGUAAGGCUGAUAAUUUGCCUGCUUGA